AUGUCUACACAAACUACUGUCUUCGUCUCUGGUGCAACAGGUUUCAUUGCCCUUCAUGUGGUUGACAAACUGCUAAGAGAAGGCUAUAAAGUAAUUGGAUCAGCCCGUUCUCAAGAGAAAUGUGAUGAAUUGUUACAAAAAUUUAACUACAAUCCAUCAAUAUCCACGGAAAUUGUUCCGGAUAUCUCCAAUUUGGCUGCAUUUGAUGAUGUAUUUAAAAAGCAUGGCCAUGAAAUAAAAAUUGUUCUUCACACAGCUUCGCCCUUCCGUUUUGAUGUCAAUGACUAUGGGAAAGACCUAUUGAUUCCUGCUGUCAAUGGUACCAAAUCUGUUUUGAAUGCAAUUAAGAAAUACGGCGCCCAGUCUGUGGAAAGAGUUGUGGUCACUUCCUCAGUUGCCGCACAGAUAAACAUCAAAGGUGCUAACCGCGAUGAUCUUGUUCUUACUGAAGAAAGUUGGAAUGACGCCACUUGGGAAAAUUGUCAAACUGAUCCAAUGGCAGUCUAUUGUGCUUCUAAGACCUUUGCAGAAAGAGCAGCAUGGGAUUUUAUUAGAGAGAACAAGGAUCAGGUAAUAUUUAAGCUUUCUACUGUUUUACCCGUUUAUGUUUUUGGUCCACAGUUAUUCCCUGAACCUUCCAAAAAAGAAUUGAAUACUUCUUCCGAAAUUAUUAAUCAAAUAGUUCAUGCUGAUAAGGAUACUGAGCUGAUGCAAUUAAAUGGCGGGUUCAUCGAUGUGCGUGAUGUAGCUAAGGCCCAUUUAUUGGCAUUCCAAAAAGAUGAAUGUGCCUCUCAAAGAUUAUCUUUGCAUGGUGGGAUGUUUGCUACCCAGGAUUUUUUGGAUAUCAUUAAUGAAGAUUUCUCACAGUUGAGAGGGAAAAUACCCGUGGGAAAACCUGGAACAGGCAAACUUAUUACAAGCAAGGGAUAUCAAAUCAAUAACGACAAGACGAAGAAGCUAUUAGGUUUCCCAUUCAUUGGCUUGAGAGAAUGUGUUGAUGAUAGUGUCAGCCAAAUCUUGAAAAUGGAAGAUAUGACUGAAUAG